CUUAAAAGUAAUAUUUAAUCGCCGUCUAAUUAUAUCAAUCCUCGGAGACAAUCAACGAAAGUGAAGGCACGUGUUAUUGGAAUUUGAUAUCUGAAUUAAAUUUAAUUAAAAUUUGAAAGAAUCAAGAUGGCCGACAGACUCAAUGACAGCGGAUCGCAAUUCAUUCAAUUAAACGUGCUGGACCGAUAUAAUUUUCUCAUUCGCUUUCUGGUUUUGAAAACAAAUCCCUUGCUCGGCCUUAUGGACACCUUUUGCUGCGUUAGCGGCAAUAAGCGGCGCCUAGUGCGGUUCCUCUACCACGGACUUCCGGUACGCGCCGAAGACUCGCCAGCGUCGUUAGAGAUGAACGAUGGCGAUACCAUUGAGGUGCACAAACCUCAAGUUGGCGGCGGGUCUGUUUAAAUAUCUUCCAACUAUUAUAUAUGCACAACAGACAAAAUAAAAAAAUAAUAGUAUCAGUUUUGGAUUUGGAGAAUACCGAUAUUCUGCAGUCUUAGAAGAAGACAUUUAAAUUGAAUUCGUCCCCAAAGAGUGUAGAAGCGCUUAAUUUAUUUCAAAGACGGAUGACGAAGAGCUGAUACUGAAUUUUGUAUACCCUACCUGAAAAAUAUAACACCCAAAAGG